AGGGCUCUAUCACCUCAGCGGUGCGGGUCCAGGGUUAGUUCUGGGAACUGUGGAGCUCUUAGAGAUACCAUUCAAAGCAGAAGUCUAAACAUGCAUCAUGAAGAAUUAAUCUUGACACUCUGCAUUCUCAUUGUUAAAAGUGCCUCCAAAAGUUGCAUUCACCGACCGCAAAUUCAUGUGGUAGAGGGAGAACCUUUUUAUCUGAAGCCAUGUGGCAUAUCUGCACCCGUGCACACAAAUGAAACAGCCACUACGAGAUGGUUCAAAAGCAAUGCUUCACAUGAGUAUAGAGAGCUGAACACCAGAAGCUCGCCCAGAAUCACUCUUCAUGGUCACACCUUGGAAUUCUGGCCAGUUGAGAUGGAGGAUGAGGGAACGUACUUUUCUCAAGUCGGAAAUGAUCGUCAAAAUUGGACCUUAAAUGUCACCAAAAGAAACAAACACAGCUGUUUCUCUGACAAACUUGUGACAAGCAGAGAUGUUGAAGUUAAGAAAUCUCUGCAUAUAACAUGUAAGAAUUCUAAUUAUGGAGAGCUGAUCCGCCACACAUCGCUGUAUAAGAACUGCAAGGAACUAUCCAGAAGCCCGACGAUCCUGAAGGAUGCUGAGUUUGGAGAUGAGGGUUACUACUCCUGCGUGUUUUCUGUCCACCAUAAUGGGAAAUGCUACAACAUCACCAAGACUGUCAAUAUAACAGUUAUCGAAGGGAAGAGUAAAAUAACUCCAGCUGUUUUAGGACCAAAGUGUGAGAAGGUUGGUGUGGAACUAGGAAAGGAUGUGGAGCUGAACUGCAGUGCUUUACUGAAUAAAGACGAUCUGUUUUAUUGGAGCAUCAGGAAGGAGGAUAGCACAGACCCUAACGUGCAAGAAGACGGGAAGGAGACAACAACGUCGUGGACUUUUGAAGGCAAACGGCAUGCUUCAAAAAUACUGAGAAUUCAGAAAGUUACUGAAAACUAUCUCAAUGUUUUAUAUAAUUGCACCGUGGCCAACGAGGAAGCCACAGAUACCAAGAGCUUCGUCUUGGUGAGAAAAGAAACCCCUGAUAUCCCAGGCCAUGUCUUUACGAGAGGAGUAACUGUGGCUGUUCUCAUCUCUGUGGCAGCAGUGUGUGUGGUGAUUUUGUGUGUCAUUUAUAAAGUUGACUUGAUUCUGUUCUAUAGGCGCAUAACGGAAAGAGACGAGACACUAACAGAUGGUAAAACGUAUGAUGCCUUUGUGUCUUACCUGAGAGAGUGUCAUCCUGAGAAUAAAGAAGAGUACACUUUUGCUGUGGAGACAUUACCCAGAGUCCUGGAGAAACAGUUUGGGUAUAAGUUAUGCAUAUUUGAAAGAGAUGUGGUGCCUGGUGGAGCUGUUGUUGAUGAGAUCCAUUCACUGAUAGAGAAAAGCCGGAGGCUAAUCAUCGUUCUCAGCAACAGUUACCUGACUAACGGAGCCAGGCGUGAGCUCGAGAGUGGACUCCACGAAGCACUGGUGGAGAGGAAGAUUAAAAUCAUCUUAAUCGAGUUUACUCCAGCCAGCAACAUCACCUUUCUCCCCGCAUCGCUGAAACUCCUGAAGUCCUACAGAGUUCUAAAAUGGAGGGCUGACAGUCCACUCUCUUCGAACUCACGCUUCUGGAAGAAUCUUCUUUACUUGAUGCCUGCAAAAGCUGUCAAGCCAUGGAGAGAGGAAUCGGAGGUGCGGCCUGUUCUCUCAGCACCUUGA